GUGAAAAAAUUAAGUAUUCCCAGUAGUCAAAAGUUAGUGAAGUUGGUGUUGGAGUUUCCUGUGCCUAGGUAUUUAAGGUAUCUGUGAAAUUUUGGCUCUUUAAUAGGAUGAUGUUUAGUUAUACAAAUCGUUAGAGGUUUAAUAUUAGUAAUAUAUUAUACUCCGAGGGUAAGAGACGCGUUUUCUUCUGUGGUCUAUAUUAUGCGGGAUGUAGAAUAUGGCUGGUUAAUUCGAGGUUGCCAUGCAAAUGGGGCCUCUAUGUUUUUUAUUUGUGUUUACAUUCACACCGGGCGAGGUCUUUUCUAUGAGUCUUAUAAGUUAGGUAGUGUAUGAUCUUGUGGGGUGACAAUAUUGGUGUUGUUAAUGGCUAUUGCCUUUACAGGUUACGUCUUGCCGUGAGGCCAAAUAUCAUUUUGGGGGGCAACGGUAAUUACUAAUCUUUUUACUGUAAUUCCAAAGUUCGGGGUGAAAAUUGUAAAUUUAAUAUGGGGUGCAAAUCAUAUUUGUGGCGCUACAUUAAAGCGGUUUUUCGUGUUACAUUUUUUAAUACCUUUUGUUCUUGUUUUAUUAAUAUUGGUGCAUUUAGGUCUUCUUCAUGAAACAGGUUCUUCUAAUGUAUUGGGGGUUGAUAGGAGAUGUGACUUGGUUCCAUUUUACCCAUAUUACUUCUAUAAAGAUUUAUUAGGUAUUAGUGUGUAUAUAAUAGUUUUAAUAAGGGUCUGUCUGCUUUUUCCUGAUCUGUUUGGUGAUCCUGAAAAUUUUCUACUUGCAAACCCUAGAGAAACACCUAAACAUAUUCAGCCGGAGUGAUAUUUUUUAUUUGCCUACUCAAUUUUACGUUCUACGCCUACGAAAUUAGGAGGGGUAGUUGCCUUGGCUGCGUCUGUUCUUGUAUUAUAUACACUCCCUAUAUUUAGUUCUAUUAGAAAAGGUUUUAUUAGAGGUUUUCAGUUUAACCCUAUUUCUAAGUUUUACUUCUGGCUGUUUGUGUCAAAUUUUGUUUUUUUAAGGUAUACUGGUGCAUGUCCUGUGGAAUACCCCUUUAUUGAUUUUGGUAAAUAUAGAACUUGUUUCUAUUUUUUGUAUUUCUAUAGUUAUCCGAUUCCGAAACUGUUCUGAGAAAAGUUGGUGAGAUUGUUAUAA